AUGUCUUCUACAGAGGCAUUUGAAAAUAUAAGAUCACGGAGUGUUUCUCCAUUGCCGAGUAGUGACGAUGGAAGGAUCAAACGGCUAUCUAAUGAAUAUUUGAAACCCAAUAUAGGUAUACUAUACCUGCUGAUAUCUAAUUUCUUCAACAGCAUUAUGGUUGUCUCAACUAAACUACUGGAAACAGAUCCUGAACUCGAGGUGCCCAUCAAACCUUUGCAAAUAUUAGUUGUACGAAUGCUUUUCACAGUUAUAGGAGCCGUGAUUUACAUGUACCUGAACAAAACAACCAUCUCGCAUGUGCCGUUUGGACCUCCUAAGAUGCGUAAAUGGCUGAUUCUGAGGGGUUGUGUUGGAUUUUUUGGCGUUUUUGGGAUGUACUACUCAUUGAUGUAUCUAUCAGUACCAGACGCCACUGUUAUCCUAUUCUUAGGGCCCUCCUUCACGGGUUUUCUCGCGUGGAUCAUUUUGAGAGAGAGAUAUUCUGUCAUCGAAGCCGUGGGAGGACUUAUCUCACUAUUCGGUGUUAUUCUCAUUGUAAGGCCAACUUUUCUAUUUGGUCCCGUGGUGUCAUCCGAAGGAAGCAGUGCGGAAUCCAGCAACCCACAUGAUAGAUUAAUCGCAACCUUAGUUGCGCUAUUUGGUACUCUGAAUGCCAGUAACGUAUGGAUCGUUAUCAGAUAUAUCGGUAGGAGGGCACACGCCAUUAUGAGUGUAACGUACUUUUCAUUCAUAACGUUUAUCAUUUCAUUGUUAGGGAUUCUCUUGAUUCCUUCGAUGACUUUCCAAAUACCACAGACUUCUAAACAAUGGUUUCUGUUCCUAGUAAUCGGGUUCUCGGGUUUCUUCAUGCAAUUGUCGCUAACUUUAGGGAUACAAAGAGAAAGAGCAGGUAGAGGAUCAUUCGUUGCUUAUACUCAAAUGAUAUACGCCCUCAUCUGGGAUUCAUUGAUCUGGCACCACCUCCCAGAAUUCUGGUCAUGGUGUGGAAUCACUAUUAUUAUCGGUUCUGCCGUAACUGUUUUGAGAUGCAAACCAAAACCAGAGGCAUCUCCCCCAGUUGACACAGAGAGCAAUCAAGAGGCAAUUCAGAUGGAGGACUUCGAAAUUGAUGACGAACUUAAAUAA